GGUAGUUGUAAAUGUAACCUGAUGAUUUGAAUAUUUCCUGGUUGAAGUGAACAGUAUAUGCCUUUGUUGAUGUAGUUUGAAUGCUACCUGUACAGGACACACUGGGAGCAGCUGAGGGAAUUAGUAUCCAUCAUGACUUCUUCAGACAGUGAGCUGAAGAAGAUAUCUACAGAGUUGAAACAUCUUUCUCUCAAGAGACAACAACUUUUGGAAAGGAAAAAAAUCCAGUGCAUAUUUCAGGAGUUGAGGAAUCGUGCUGAAUUUGGACAAACAGAGGAGGCAGUCUUAAAUCAGCAUGAGAUUGACAGCAUUGAUGAUAAACUGAAACAGCUGACAGAAAGGAAGGCUGAACUCCAAAAAAGCCACGAUAACAUCCUCAAUGCCAAAGAUAAAAAGCGUGAGAAAGAGGUUAGUUUCACCUCCAGUCAGAAGAUUGUGCCUGGUGUUCCUGUUCCUGGUUCGAAUAUUUUCUACGUUGAGGCUCCACCUACUAUCCCUGCCCCUAAAGUGAUUCUGGACCUGGAAAACCUUCCACCAUGUCCAUGCAGGACACAGUGUCCAGAGUGUCGGCAGUUCAUCAUGACAGAGACUUUUACCUCUGUCAGCAGUCUGACCUGGCUGGUGUGUUUCAUGACAGCUAUGAUUGGCUGCGUCGCUGGUUGUUGCCUCAUUCCCUUCUGCAUCGAUAGGUUUAAAUCUACCACACACAGAUGUCCUAAGUGUCGAACAUCAAUCCAAACUAUUAAAAAGCUCUGAGAGAAAAGCAGCUGGUGAGAACUUGAAGCUCAGACUGAAAGAGUAUCAGACAGCGACAUAAUGGUGAAGUAAUAUUUCAGCAGCAUGGCUCCGUUUCAGAGUUUAUCUGUUAGCAUUCACUAUCAUCAUAAUCAUUCUCCAUUGUGCAGGAUCCACUGAAUAUCAGUGGUUGAGGGAUAAUGUUUGUCAACUCAAACAUUUCGAUACAAUCACUGUGGUUUUACUAUAUUAGUCGAAUAAUAGAGCACAUGUUCCUUCUUAGUCUGCCUCUAUGUAAAUGUGUAUAUAUUAGAUUUUUAGGAUAUAUUUGUAUAUUCAAAUUGAUCUUUAACUGAAUUAGAAAAAAUCUGAUCAAUAUGAUUGUAAAUAUACUGUAAUAUUUAUAUCUGUGAAAUUAUUGAAAUCAUGCCAUUUGUUAAACAAAACUACAAAAUUAAAGCCUUUCCUUGUAUAGUUUUUCAAUGA